CUACGUGCCUGCUAGGCCCGGGUGCCUCUAGGGUCGCUGAGAGCCGGAAUGCACUCGAUUUGAGUUUUAAGGGGCUAUACAUACGGGUGCCUAGGGUUUCAAUGCGUGGCCUCCUUUGAUCCUGUCCGCCCUUCGGGCUACGCCCGCUUGUAUUAUGCCGAUUUGCAGAAGAGGGUAAUAGGAGCCCCACGUAUUGAGUUCCUGUAGCGGCAGGCACCCUCACUCGUUAAUCUUCUAGGUAAGCUUUGUUGUCCCCAAAUAUUGAAUAAGGAAACGGAGGCCAGGUGUUCACAACUGCGCAGCUGAGGCUGGAGUAGCACCGACAUCGUAUUUACUGAUCCCAAAGCCCAGCGUGCUGGGACAUCUCCCAGAAGCCACCUUACUUAUUGCUUCCUGCUGGGAUUCACGCCCUGCCCUCUCAGGAGCGGCCACCCCACUCCGCCCAGUGGGACGUUUGUGGCCCUGUGUCGAGCCCGCCCCUCACCAGCCUGGCCUUGAACCACCGCAGGCACGGUCACCAGCAGACGGCGGCAGGCAUGGCGGAGGACGUGCAGCGACGAGAAGGCAGGAUCCAGGUGCAGGGCCAAAGCCUCUUCUUCAGGGAGGUGCAACCCGGGGGCGGGCGGGCCCCCCACUUCUCUGUGCUCCUGCUGCACGGCAUCCGCUUCUCCUCGGAGACCUGGCAGAACCUGGGCACACUGGACAAGCUGGCCCAGGCUGGCUACCGCGCGGUGGCCAUUGACCUGCCAGGCCUGGGGCACUCCAAAGAAGCAGCUGCCCCUGCUCCUAUCGGGGAGCUCGCCCCUGACAGCUUCCUGGUGGCCGUGGUGGAUGCCCUGCAGCUGGGCCCCCCAGUUGUGAUCAGCCCCUCGCUGAGUGGCAUGUACUCCCUGCCCUUCCUCACAGCCCCCGUCUCCCAGCUCCGGGGCUAUGUGCCUGUGGCCCCCAUCUGCACGGACAAAAUCCAAGCUGCUGACUAUGCCCGUGUGAAGACCCCGGCUCUGAUUGUCUAUGGAGACCAGGACCCCAUGGGCCACACUAGCUUCCAGCACCUGAAACAGCUUCCCAACCACCGGGUGCUUGUCAUGGCGGGUGCGGGGCACCCCUGCUACCUGGACAAGCCUGAGGAGUGGCACUCCGGCCUCCUGGACUUCCUGCAGGGCCUGGCAUGAGGCCCAGGCCGGCUUAUAAGGGCGGACCACCUGCCCUGGGGUCUCUCUCUCUCCUCCAUGACCCCCUGACUCAUGCCCGUGUCAACAGGUGUGUGUGUGUGUUUGUGUCGGUCCAUUUGUGUGGGUUCUUCUCUGUUGGGGUCUGUGUGUGUUUCUCUUGCAGUGACAUUCUGAGGAGGAGAUGCAGAGAGAUGAGCUCAGAAAUCCAGGGAAUCACGUAGUCUGGUGGAGGGUAAUCAAUUAGAUGAGCUGAUCCUAAAGCUUUCCCGCCAUCCUCUGCUCUGGCCAGCCUCCACCCGCAGGCUCCUCCCACUACCCCGCAGGCCAGCCCCCCAAACUCCACAGUUAGGGUACCGGUACACACUUGCCCGCGGUUCAUGCUUGCAGACGUCCACAUAGGCACACAGGCCUGCACACAAGCACUGUGCAGGAGCCUUGGAGACCCGCUGCCAGGCUUGGGGGGUGACCAGCCCAAAAUUAGUCCUCACAAGAGGCCCUCCCUUCGCGGUACCCGCCCCGACCCCAGAAGCCAUGCGGGUUUCCGGCUCCGUGGUUUGAGGGGCGGGGUGCAGGCCGGUGAAACGAAGAGCUGGAGAAAUAAAGAGAUGCAACUAGA